AUGGCAUCUCUGGGAGUCGCUCUAGUUACAGGCUGCAGCCAAGGGAUUGGCAGAGCAAUCGCUAUACGGCUCGCGAAAGACGGUUUCACACUCUCGCUUAAUGAUCUACCUUCAAAGGAGGCAGAGCUUCAAGCUCUAGCAUCGGAGAUAACAUCUGAAGGUCGCAAACCUCAUGUGGUCACUGGAGAUGUCUCUGUGGAAUCUGAUGUGCAAAGAAUGAUUACAUCGACCGUAGAGGUACUUCGUUCCCUCGAUGUAAUGGUCGCAAAUGCAGGGAUUUGCAUCACAAAGGGCAUCCUAGCUACCUCCUCCGAGGAGUGGGACCGGAUUGCGGCAGUCAAUGGUCGCGGAACAUUUCUCUGCUACAAGUACGCUGCGAAGCAAAUGAUUGACCAAGGCCGUGGCGGACGAAUCAUCGGAGCCGCGUCUUUAGCUUCGAAACAAGGAUUUGCCAGCCUUUCGGCGUAUAGUGCAUCCAAAUGGACUAUACGCGGGCUUACACAAAGCGCUGCGCACGAGUUUGGAAGAUAUGGUAUCACGGUCAACGCUUAUGCCCCAGGGAUAAUUGACACCGAUAUGGUCGCCGGCAUCGGUAGUGCUCUCGACCCCAAUAAUCCGAAUGGAUUCGCUGACGAAUACGAACGGAAGAGCGCAGUGAAAAGGAACGGAACACCAGAAGACAUCGCUAGCAUAGUUUCGUAUGUUGCCUCUAAAGAGACCGGCUAUAUCACAGGUCAAUCGAUGUCCGUGAAUGGAGGUCUUUUCUGUGACUAG